UCCGGACGUGGACGUUGUGUGCGCGGAAGACCCCAAAGCACCGGUUAGAGUUGCCUGUUGUGCGUUGUGACCAUAGGUGUCAGCUUGCGGUUGUCGGUGUGGGCAGUGUUUUGACGAUCUUGGGAUACCCAUAAAAAAGGGAAUUGUGCGAGUAACCUGUCAAGCAGAAUUAACACUGAGUUGGGUAAGGGCGUGCAAGUGCGGAAAUAAUUCGCAGCAACCGAGCAGUAGAAGGUUACGCCAGUAGCACCCUGCAGAGUGGUAUCCGCCCAACAACAGUGAAUCGAGGGGGCUGAAGCGUGGCUCGAAUGGUUUGGGCAGGGCAGAGAGCAAAAGAGCCCUUCGGAAGCAAGACGCCGAAAUAAGUCUUCGCGUCUGAUGCAGUUCUGAAUAAUUUAGGCGACGGAAGGAGAUAAACGUACAUUCAAACUGACAAGUGGGUCAGAAGGAGUUCGAGGAGUGUGGGGUACGAAUGUGUGGACGGCCGGACAAGGAACUGAACGUGACGCUCGCUUGGUGAAGCUGCUGUGGCUGCUACGAUGGCAGUGCUACACUGAUGGUGGGAAAAUUUAUGGAAAAAGCGUGCCCCAACUUCUGCUUUGCGGAUUAGAGUGUUGCUUGUAGUCCAAAUCCACACUUUGUAGUUUCAUAAGCGUAGGAAAGCAAAAGUAACUUUCUUGAUUAAUGGUGGUAGUGGUGCAAAUUUGCUCUAAUUACUAAUAAUCGUACCGAGGUCAGAGCGCCGUGUUACAUCGACCAACGUAGCAGAUCCGCCCCAAAGAUCAUAAAUCUCUAACAAAACUAUUAAUCAUCGCUCCGGCUGGACUAUCCCGUCGGAAGAAGGAUUCCAAUAAAAUAUAAAUUUGCUGAAAACACCAGCCCAGUAGUGCACAAAUAAAAACCCUAACACAAAACACAUUGUUUGCUUUUGCUGUGCCUCCCACCCAGUGGAUACCGAACUGAUCCAAGAGCCAGCAAAAACAAAACAACAACAACAUUCCUAUAAAUUCGCAAAUAUUCUCCAAUUUCCACGUAGUUUUGCCUCCCGCCCCUCACGGGAUUUGGCAGGAAAAGAGGAUUAUAGAUUUUUUGCCGAAAACAUCCAAGCUCGCUUCGAACUAUGAAACAGUGAAAGCACUCUGGUGCGGGAUUAAAUCCUUGGUGGAAAAUUUUUGCCAAUAUAGCAACAAAUUCGGUCAAAGCAAACCUCUAUCCCCAGGAGCGGUGUCACCACGAACCGAAAGGUGGUGGUGCCGGUUUUCGCGAGACCACUUUCACAGUCAGUCAGUAGUGACGGAUGGAACAGUGAAUGGUGGUACUGCCACCGAGCGUAGCCACACUUCUGGGGCAUCCAUCGGUGAUUGUGUGUGAGUGUGGUGGUGGAUGGUGGUGGUGUGCAGUCUGAUGUGGGGUGGUGUGGUGUCGGGAAUGCAGCAUUCGCAUGUGUGCCACUCGAUAGUGUCAUCCAUCAAAUGAAAAGUGCACCAUCAAUUGGAAGCUUUGUGCUCUGUCUGUGAAGUGUGCUAACCGGACACAGCUGACUGGUGGUGGGUUGUUUGCUGGUGCUGCAAAUGCGAAAUGACAGGUGCUUUGCUGGUUUGGGAGUGUGAAAAUUGAAAAUAGGCGAAAAUAAAAACAACUAGUGGAGCGGAUCAAGUGUUUUAUUUUUAGUGCCGGGUUUUAUUAUCGCUGACGCGCUAACGGGGAUUAAACAUUUUAAUACUUGAUCGACAAAGUGUAAAUACUGAUAAAAAGUGUGGCUUGUGUGCGGUACAAUUAUUUUGGAUUUUGAUCCCCGGGUUGAGCCGGAAAGCGGUUUGAAGAUAAUCUGCACGACCGUUUUGACAUGACAACGCUACUCAAAUCACGAACACCAAGUGCUUAUAUAAUUCAAACGUAUAAAUCCAACAGUUUUGCUCACUCCGAACGCAUUGGAGGUCACAACCAUCAUGCAACGUGGUCGUCAUUUAAAUUUAGUUCUGUUGUUGGCGGUGUUGGGAUGUGCACAGGGAAAGAACGUGGUUGACAUCACCGACUACUUCCAGGAUUGUGAAAAUGGGAAGCCACUACCGGCUAUUGAUGUGAGUGAGCUUGAAUCACUGGAGGAUGACAACGGAAAUCCAACGCUGAACGGCAAAUUUAAAAUCGAAGGCAACUAUAACGAUCCAAUUAAGCUGAAAGUAUAUUCCAAACGUUUGAAGCAAGGAACUUGGACCAAUGGCGAGAUCUCCCGCGAUAUACCCAACUUGUGUCUCCUGCUGACGAGUAACUGGGAGCCCUGGUAUCCGAUGUCUAGUAAGAUGCAGCGGAAAAAAUGUCCCUACAAGGCGGGGCACGUUGAAACGUUCGACAAUAUCCUGAUGGGAGACAUGGGAAUGGACAUACCGGAUGCAUUUUCCGGCGAGUGGCAGAUGUAUAUCGAGGCAACCACCUCGAGAGGAGGCGAGAAGGUUACCGAGUGCGUGAGGCUGGCGUUCACCAUCAAGGAAAUUUAGGAAUGUUCAAGAAGCAGAAAGAAGAGUACCAGUUGAUAUGUAUUUCAAGUUGCUUAUUCUUUAGUAGGGGAGAGGGGGUAACAAUGAAACACAUUUUUUAUACGAUUUAAUUUUGAUGAUAAUACAUGUUAUUUGUGUACCCAAAAGUGAUACAUAGUUUCACUCUGUUGUUAACUAAUACAUAUAUUUUUUCCAGCUGGUAAAAUUCACGGAAAAUAACUUUUUUUGGGUAAUACACAGUCGGUGGUAAAAUGUACCAGUGAGCCCCAUGGGUAGGAACUAUGAAACACGACGUCGUCUACAGUGAAAUAUUCUACUUGCAAAUUUCAUUCUUUUGUUUUGACGAAUAAAGAUCCUAAAGCUUCCUAUUAAAGUUAUUUUGAGACGCAAAUCGUUUGUUUACGCAAGAUAUCACUAUAUCAUCGCGUAAUAUCGGACCACCAUAUAUGCAUAUAAGAUGCAAUUCUGAAAGAAGCGAUAAUUUCUACAAAACUUGCCUAAAUUGACAAACUUUCCAUUUAAUGAGUUGUAUUUAUUGUGGAAAAUCGG